CGUGAAGAUCAAUUCGCCAUCUGCGAAGGAUGACUGUCGCGACGCGCGUGGCACGUGGCGAUGCAAGUGAUGAUCAGUCAGUGGUGUGGAAAUUCUGUGCCAUUUCCUGGAUGAGGGCGAAGAGUUAGUGUUUUGCGCUGUUGUGAUGUGCCGCCAGAGGAUUAGAAAAAUCAGUGGAUUAUUCCGCAUUCGUCGGUUGGAUAGCACACCGCCAGAUUUUCCCACAACAUCUCUGGAACCACCCGCAAUCAGGGCUCAAUUCGUGUCCUCUUGUCGUCUUUGGAUAUAGAGCCUGAGGUGCAAGUUUCUGACAGUAGAAAGGCCAAUGAGUGAGAAUAAGCAACAGGAGGGCUUGAUCCUCAAGGCGGUGCUGGAAAAUCCAUCGGUCUCGGUGUUCCCGUGGAACUCCUACGCGGCGUCGUACUUCCUGCAGCUCAUGAGCAACACCAAUCAGCCAGGAACUGUGAAUUCCACCGAUGAGACAGGAUGCGAUCAGGAGGAUCAAGAUAAGAGGAGGGAUACCGACGACAUGCUGACGAUGGAGGCUGACAUGAAGGGGGGAAUUCUGCAUGCCACAAUGCCCCCGCAUCACCCAUCAUCGUUGCAUUCGCACGGUGGCUCGCCAUAUGGAUCCCUGGGGCCGCUGAGCAUGAUGAACCUGGGCCAGUCUCAGCUCGCCCAGUCGCAGAUCUCGCAUCAGCCCCACAUGGCGCACAUGGCGUCGCAGCACAACAACACCGCGGGCGCGGGGCUGAUGGGCAGCCAUCAGCAGCACCAGGGAAGCCACAAUGCCCACUCGUCGCCCCUUCAUGGGCAGCAGCAGACGUCCGGGCUGAGUCCCAGUGCGUCCCAUCCGAGUCAGCAGCAGCAGCCGCCGCAGCAGACGAACCCGAUGAGUGGCGGGCAUCACAUUUCCGCCACUGGCCAGACCACCGGCCAUCCGCACGGCGGCCUGUCCACGAGCAACAACAAUAACAACACAUCAAGUAAGAAUCAGAAUGUUGAUCGCGUGAAGCGCCCCAUGAAUGCGUUUAUGGUGUGGUCGCGCGGCCAGAGGCGCAAGAUGGCAUCGGACAAUCCGAAGAUGCACAACUCGGAGAUCUCUAAGAGGCUGGGGGCGCAGUGGAAGGACCUCUCGGAGUCUGAGAAGAGGCCGUUCAUUGACGAGGCGAAGCGACUGCGGGCGGUGCACAUGAAGGAGCAUCCCGAUUACAAGUACCGACCACGCAGGAAAACAAAGACGCUGACGAAGAACAAGGAGAAGUACCCGCUGGGUGUAGGAUCACUGCUGCAGACGAGCGAUCCCAGUGCAAUUCGCAACACGUCGACCAUCUCGGCGGUGCAGCAGGCCGCCGUCGCGAACAGGGACAUGUAUCAGAUGCCACCGAACGGGUACAUGCCCAAUGGGUACAUGAUGCACGACCCGACGGCCUACCAAUCUGCCCAGCACAAUGCCUACAUGAGCAAUUACCACCGAUACGACAUGGCCCAGAUGCACAACGCCGCGGCCAGCAACAUCAACUACAUGGGCUCGGGGGCGUACGGAAUGUACGGCACGGUGUCCGGUGGGCAGACGAGUCCCUAUCAGUCGGGCGGUGGCAGCGGGAACUCGGUGCAGCAGCCAGGGAGUCCCUACAGCGGGCUGUCGCAGCAGCAGCCGGGCUCGCCGUACGGCGGAAUGACGCAGCCCGGCUCCCAAAUGUCAUGCCAAAGCCACAGUCCGAGUGACACGAGCAUCAAAUCGGAACCAGUGUCUCCGGGACCACUCCACUCGGCGGCCCAGAGUGCCGGCAACAACAACCUGAUGAAGCGCUCCAGUGACUAUCAGCCGGAGAUCACGAAUCUCAUGACGAUGUACGGCAUCUCGCAGGACCCGAUGACCACGGCCGCGGUGGAGCACCAGCGGAGUCUCAUGUAUCAGCACAACAGCGUGUCGCCGGACUUGCAGACGCAGCAGCAGCACCAGCAGCAAUCGCUGCGGACGAUGGCUCCGCUGGCGCACAUGUGAGACCAGGCCACGAGCCUGCUCUAUCGCCACCACCAUCACAUCCAUCAGGACAACUCUCUGAUGGACAUCUCGUCCUUAUAAUCAGCAGCAUCCGCCAUGCAGGAGGGUGACACUCUCCGCCAAGUGAGGAGGAACCGCUGCCAGGCGCUCGAGACAUGAGGAAGAUGUCUUGUGUCAAUAUUUCACCAUGCAAAUUUCCUCCAAAGUAGGAAAUGUUUCCCGUAUCGUUAAAAUAUGACUAACAAAAGGAGACUCCAGGAAAUCCCGUCGGGAAGUUCUGUCUGUGACAUUCGAGGAGAAUUGUUUGCCCCGAAGACAUGGGGUUGGCCUGAGAGUCUUCAGUGAUGGAAUCAAAUCGUGUAUUUAAAAGCAUUGAUCGAUAGAUGAACUUUUGAAGUAUAUAUAAAAAAAAAGUUGCAAAAAAUACUUUUUUUUCCCAUAGAAAGAAUGAUAAAGAGAUGAUAAAUCUCAUUGGAGUAUAAGUUAUAGAGACAAUGAAUUUCUGAAUUUACUAAUUUUCACCCAUAGAUGGUAAUAUUAUUACUUGCGUAAUUUAAUAAUGAAAUAUGUGGACAGUUUAUACAAUGAGUGAUGGCAUUUUCGGGGGAAAAUUCCGAGAGAGAGAAUUGGGGCACACAGAGAGUUGUUGUAUCUUCUGGUCAGCAAUGGAACUUCUCACUCAGAAGGUGAAUAAAUAUCUUUAUAUUAUACUUCCAUCCAUACAUUUUCCUCACAUAUCUCUCAAUCAUGACUUCAUCUGUGAUUUCAUUCUGAAAAUUUCCUAUUGGGGCGUUUUAUUUAUAUAUGUCACAGGAGAAAAAAAAGCGCAAAAUUUUCCCAAAAAUUAGAGUGUCUCUCUGUUCCUCACGGAAAUGCCAUUUUUCAUUUUACAUGGUUGUAUAUAAGAGUUAUUAUAUUACAAAAUAGGUAGAGCAUAAAACUCAGUAUAUAAUGAAAAUCGUGUAGAUAUACAAUUAACAAUAACUGAUGUAUAAUAGAAUUUGGAACAUCAAAAAGUUCUCACUCAAUACCACUGACAAAAAAAGAGCAAACACGCAUUUCCCAGAAACAAUUUGCGGAAUAUCAAUUAUCCACACUCGCAAAAAUCCUCCUAAUUGGAUUCCAAGACUAAUUAUUAUUAUUUAAAUUUAUUGAAAAUAUUAAUUUUGGUUAAAAUUUAUGUAUGAUAUUACACAAAAACGCCACCACAUAUGUUUUUAUAAAACAUAUAUUUGCGAAUACAUUUCGAAUUUCAACCAUGGAUAUUCAACACCAAAAAGUUAUAUAGCUUAAUUAAUAUUCAAAGGAUAUUCCACUCUUUAAUUAUGUUGUAAAUAUUGAUGAUGAAAAGAAAAUAUUGCUGAUGAUACUGUUGGGAAUAUAAUUAUAUAUGGACAAAAAAAAAUCUCUUUUUAUCAAUUUAAAAUCGGAUGAAUUAUAUACAUUUUCAAUCAAUAUUUGUGCUUAUUUAGAAGCACUUGAAUGUAUUUUUUAUGUUCUGAAAUGAUGCACAAAAAAACAACAAACAACAGCAGAAAAGGCAAGGAUAUUUCUGUAAAUAUUAAUUUAACUAUAGCAGUGAAGGAAGAUCGCGCAAAAGGAAAUCAUUGAUUUAUUUUAUUGAGAGAUGGAUUAAGAGAAUAGAGUGAAAACGUAAUAAUUAUUGUAAGUAUAAUUAUUAAAGAAAAAUUUUAUGUAGGUAUAUUUGUGAAGAAUUCUAUAUAGGAGAAGUGAGA